CGUAUAUAAAGUUCUAACAGAGUUGUAGUUUAUCAUUCGAUAUACACAAUUUAAACCAUGAAGAUUGUAAUUGCUUUUCUCGUUGUCUGUCUUUUGGGUUUAAUCAGUGCCGAGGAUUGUCCUACUAAUAAUCCUGACCGGGAAUGUGACCACAUGAAAUGUGAAGAUCAUUGGCAUAAGGCUUGUGUGUCAAGCACCUGCACCUGUCUACACAGUACUGAUGGAGGACAAGCCUGCACAAGCAAAGCCGAGUGCGACGCCAUAAAUGGUUGGUCCUGUUCAAACUCACGCAGACAUUGUGUUGAUGGUAGAUGUAGAUGUUCCAGAUUUUAGAGGAUACAAGACAGAAUAGUAAUCAUCUUGGAAAAUGCAGGAUAUGUUUAUACUUGAAUGAUUAAAGCAAUUACAAAAAUUGAGAA